AUGUCUAUUGCCCGUUUUGGAAUUUUUAACCAGACUCAAAGAGUAAAACAGCAGUUAUUUUCUUCAUUCCAUAGAAAUAAAAGCAGUCUAGGAUUAUGGGAUGAAGAUGUUAACACUGACAUCAAAAAGAAAAUUGAAAAGCACUGGACUAAUGAGGUUGUAAUUAAAACAAGUAAUAAUCAGCAAAGGUCUUGUUAUAUUUUGCCUAUGUUUCCAUAUCCGUCGGGCAACCUACACAUGGGCCAUGUCAGAGUGUACUCAAUAUCUGAUACUAUAACAAGAUUUCAACACUUAAAUGGAAUAGAGGUUAUACAUCCCAUAGGGUGGGAUGCAUUUGGCCUGCCGGCAGAAAAUGCAGCCUUAGAAAGAAAUGUUCCACCUGAUACAUGGACAAAAACCAAUAUAAGUUCAAUGAAAACUCAACUUCAGCAGCUUGGUUUUAAUUUUAAUUGGGAAAGAGAAAUUUCAACGUGUGACCCCAGAUAUUACAAAUGGACCCAAUAUAUUUUCUUGAAAUUAUUUGAGAAUGGAUUAGCAUACCAAAAUAAGGCACAAGUAAACUGGGACCCGGUAGAUAAAACAGUUUUGGCAGAUGAACAAGUAGAUGAUCUUGGUUGUUCUUGGAGAUCUGGAGCUAAGGUUGAAAAGAAAUAUCUCACUCAGUGGUUCAUUAAAACUACGAAGUUAGCUAAAGAUUUAUAUGAAGGUCUAGAUAGCCAAGAAUUGGAAAACUGGAAAGAUAUAAUCAAUUUACAAAAACACUGGAUAGGGGAAUGCAAUGGAAUUGUGGUAACUUUUACAAUGAAAAUAAAUGAUCAGAUUAAAUGCUUUGAUGUGUGGUCACCAGACCCAUACAAAUUCAUUCAUGGUGAUUUCUUACUAAUGCAUCCAAGUCAUGCCCUGCUCCAGGAGAUAAAAGAUAGAAAUAUAAAAAAUAUGAACUGCUAUAAUCCCAUAUCAGAAACUACUAUACCAAUUUACAUAAGUGAUGAUGUAAAUUAUGCUGAAGGCAGAGAUGUCUCAAUUGUUUGUGCAAUGUUGGAUGAGGAGGACUAUAAAAUAGCAACAACCUUAUAUAUAUCUACUUCGGCUGUAAAAGCUCAUCGGUUAAAUAUAGAACAUGAAAAUAAAAAAGCAAUUGAUAUAGCCAGGAGUAAAAAUGUAGGAGGGUACUUUGUUAGUUCCAAAUUAAAAGACUGGCUUAUAUCUAGACAAAGAUAUUGGGGAACACCAAUACCAAUAAUUCAUUGUGAUAAAUGUGGUGCAGUUCCUGUACCUUACCAAGAUCUUCCAGUGAAACUCCCAGAAAUAAAUUCAGUUUUACCUGGGAUACAAACUUUAGAUAAAAUACAUGAUUGGGUAAAAUGCAAAUGUCCUAAAUGUUUCUCUAUUGCCAAGAGGGAAACUGAUACUAUGGACACAUUUGUGGAUUCUUCAUGGUACUACUACCGCUUUUUGGAUCCUACUAAUAAAUGUGUUCCUUUUUGCAAGGAGGCUGUUGAAAACUGUGUGCCAGUAGAUAUAUAUGUGGGUGGUAAGGAACAUGCUGUACUACAUUUAUAUUAUGCCAGGUUUAUGAGUUACUUUUUGCAUUCCCUUGGAUGGACUCCUAGUCAAGAACCAUUUAAGAAACUUAUUGUGCAGGGUAUGGUUAUGGGGCAGUCCUAUAAAGUAAAGUCUACAGGAAAAUAUAUACCACCAGAAGAAGUGGAGCAAUUUGAUAAAAUAUAUAAGGAGAAGAAUAGUGGUGAGCCAGUAAUAGCACAGUGGGAGAAAAUGAGCAAAUCGAAAUAUAAUGGCGAAAACCCAAACAGAUUACUGACAACCUAUGGAUGUGACACUACACGACUAAUGAUCCUUGCAGAUGUCCCACCAGCUACACCUAGGCGCUGGUCCGAUGCUACUUUACCAGGAGUGCUGAACUGGCAACAUCGCCUAUGGAUGACUAUACGAGAAUUUUUAAAACAUAGACAAAAUAUGGCUACAAAAAAUACUUUAAAUUCUGAUGAGUUUGAAAAGCAUGAAGCCAAGAUUUGGGAUUCAAGAAAUUUUUUAACUGCAACUACAACCUUUCAUUUUAAAUACACCCUAAAACUUAGUGUAGGCAUUUCUAGGCUUCAGAGUUUAACCAGUGUUUUAAGGAAUGUACCACCAGAAGUUGUAGCCAGAAGCAAGGAGUUCCAAAAAGCUUUAGCUAGUCUCAUAAUUAUGCUUUCACCUGUUAUGCCCCAUUUUGGUUCCGAAUUGUGGGCUGGAUUUCUGUCAGCGCCAAAUAGGGUGUGUGAUGAAUCAAAUUUAAUUAAAUGGGAGGAAAGUGUACUUGAUCAGAGUUGGCCAAUUGUAGACAUGAAUUAUAAACUAUCAUUAUUAUGUAAGGUGGAUGGAGCUGACAGGUGCGAACUUAAAAUAGAAGCGAAAAAUCUUCCCAAUUUGCAACAAGAUGACGCUUUACAAAUGAUGCUUAACGAAGAGGCAAUUAAAAAAACAACUAAAAGAGGAAUAUACAAAACGAAAUACGAACUGUAUCCUGAUUGUCGUGCUAUAUUACACAUAUUUACAAACCGCAAAGAGAAAGCUGUACAAGUAAAAGACAGUUUAUAA